AAAAGCACAAAUAGUUGCGAAUGAACAGUGAAUUUAAAACCGAAAAUUGUGGCGAAUAAAAUUGAUAAAUACAAUAACAACCUUACACCGCCAUCAUCGCCAAUAGUGAAGAAUCGUUCUAAUCACUUGUGGCGUGACAUGAUGGGGGUGUUAAGACGAAAAGACUCGACAUCAACAACCAAUGUUGCAUUGGCCAAUGUGUUGAACAACAAUCGAGUCUCAUGUCCUGUGGGACCUGUAACAAAUCGAUCAUCAUCCGUCAGUAUUUUAAGACAUCACCGUUAUUACUACAGUGAGGUUUCACGUGAUAAUCACGACAAUUAUGAUCCACAGAAUUAUGGAUCACAACAAUACCAAGGAGUCUCGCAAAUGUAUACGAGAUAUUCGACAAAUACACCAAUUAAUUCACCUCCGAUGUCACCUGCAAUGAAUCAUUAUAAUUCACAACAUCAAUACCAAAGUACAAGUACCAAAUUGCUAUUGGAACAGAUUUUAAGUACGACAAGAAACCCUGAAAAAUUACCAAUGAUUGUUAAGCCACAGCAUGGAGGUUAUUGGAUAGAUUGUGGACAAAUUGAUGAUGAGGACGAAAUUGAUGCGAAUGGAAGCAGAUUUAAUGAUAAUAAUAAUAAUAAUGGAACUAAAAUUAAUGAUAAUGACGAUAAUGAUGGUUCACAGAAUCAGUUCGAGAUAAAAAUUGAGGCAAAUGAUUCGGCACGAUGCUACAGACUGCACUUUUACGGUCGUGAGCAUUCGAAUUUAGUUGGAUUUGAUGAGAAUCAUGGACCUGCGUUGAUGUCAAUAAAGCCUGAAUUGAUUGCAAAUCAAUCACAUUUGAGGAUUCUGUUAAGGUUGAAAAGUGGAACAAUGCACGAAAUCAUUCCAACGUCUUGCUUGGACGAUAAUGCAACGCCAGUGAAAAUUAGUCGGCUAUUAAAUGAACAGCUUCAAAUUGAUACAUUUUUACCCAUCAUUUGUCCAUUAGCAUCUAAUUUGAUUGCUGCUUAUGAUGAGCAUCAAUUGGUUGUAAAUUUUAAAUUUGGAGUUUUGUAUCAGAAAUUUGGACAGACAAUUGAGGAAGAACUUUUUGGCAAUAAUGAGACGACGGCUGAAUUUGAUGAAUUUUUAAGUUUAAUGGGAGAGAAAAUCAAGUUAAAGGAUCAUAAAGGAUAUCGAGGUGGUCUUGACAUUCAAAAUGGACAUACGGGAGAUGUUGCAAUCUAUGAUGUAUUUCAAGAUCGAGAAAUAAUGUUCCACGUGUCAACCCUACUUCCUUACACAAAUGGUGACCCUCAGCAACUUCAGAGGAAGCGACAUAUCGGAAAUGAUAUCGUCGCUAUUGUCUUUCAAGAAAGAAAUACACCAUUUUCACCAGACAUGAUUGCAUCUCAUUUUUUACACGCAUUUAUUGUCAUUCAACCAUACUCGAACAGGUCAUAUAAGAUAUCUGUUGCGGCUCGUGAUGGAGUGCCAUUUUUUGGACCUCCACUACCAAGAAACGGAAUUAUCAGCAAACAUAAUCUCAAAGAGUUUCUACUAACGAAGCUCAUUAAUGCCGAAAAUGCCUGCUAUAAAGCAGAAAAGUUUGCAAAACUCGAAUAUCGUACAAGAUCAUCACUUCUCGAGAAUCUCGUCGAAGACUUAAAAGAGAAAACCAAAAAUUUCUUAGGCAAUGAAAUUUUAAUUCCGCCAAUGUCACCAGCAAAAGAAGUAACUCAGAAAUCUGAAAAUACCGGUGCAAGUCGAUUUAUUGACACUGUUAAGAAGGCUUUAAUAUCUCGUGUAAGAUCACAGUCAACAGCUGAUGUUACAAAUAGCAAUGUGUGUACGCUGCCUAGUGCCAAGAAAAAUCAAAACCAAAUUAGCUUCGAAAAUGAACAAAAUAUUAACAGAGCCCCAUCAUCAAAAUCAUCAAGUAAUUUCUCAUCAUCAAGCUCCUCAAUGGCAACAUUAGAGAAAAAAUCGCCAGGAACAUCGACUAAAUUAAUUCAUCAACAGUCACUUCCAACACCACACGUAACUCAUCAUCACUUACAAUCACAAUUAUCACAACCGACAAAUGUACAAAAUAAUAAUGAUAAGAAUCUCAAGAAUAGUGAAUCAAUGCAAGUCUCGAAUGAGCAGCAGAGCGACAACUCAAGCUUAUAUAGCAUCGAAUUGGAGACAUUGAAUGAUGCUGAACAUCGAUAUAUUGAUAGUGAUCCAGGUUUUGGAUCAAUGUCAUCAUCAGAGCAGGCACAAAUGACAAGUCAACAGAUGAGACAUCAACAAGAGACCCAUCAGAAGGAGAUCGAUGACUUGAAGCAGGAAAUUACGAAGCUAAAGUGUGAUAAAUUAGAUUUGUUAAGACAGAAUGUGACAUGUCAACGUGAUAUUAAGCGAUUGAGAGAACGUGAGCUUUCCCUUCAGGGUGAUUUGCAGGCAUCAAGUAUGGAAAUUAUGAGGCUUCGUGAGUUGAUUCAGGAGUGCACAACGACAACUAAUGGAAUCGAUAAAAAUACAACAACAAUGUUGUAA